CUGUCCCGGAUCCGGGAGGACAACCGGCAGCUGUACGGCGAGCUGCUGCGGACGGACCGCUUCGCCGCGCGCUGGGCGGGCCGGGCCGACCUGGCGUUCAAACUGGCCCUGGCCUGGUUCGGCGUCCCGGUCGCCCCGAUGGGGCCCCGCGCCGCCGCCGACGCUGCCGCGGCGGACGGGGAGAGUGUGGAGGAGGUGUUCAGGAGGACUGGCGAGGGCGAGGAGCUGAGGUUCCUGAACGGGUACACGGAGCGGUUUUAUGGGAAAGAUGUGGGAGUGAGGAGUGUGUCACUUUCCUGUUUUCUUUUUGUCUUUUUGGGUUAACUGCUUUACCGGUGCGGAUCGCCGCUAACGUCAGCUAGAACCGGACCCCACGAUGGAGGCGUAUUAUUAUGAUGCAAAGGACGACCGCGCUCAUCCCUCCCACCACCUUUCUCUAAGCCUCCGGGGUGGGGAGGCGUCGUCUGGGGGGGAGGAGGAGGACACGGAGGCUCUCCUCUCGACAGAAGACGACGCGCCUUCGGAGGCGGAAAGAUGUCCCGUUGGGGAGCCUGGCGAGCUUACACUCCGCGGUGGUGCCCGCCCUCACGGUCAUGCAACCGGGGCAAUGAACCGUUCCAAGGGGCGGCAGGACCAAGGGGACUCCGGGGCCCAGCAGCUCCCUGAUGUCUUCCACACUCCCCUUGGCGGCUUUUCCUCCGGCACCAAUGAACGCUGGCUGCCGUUGUACGGCUACCAGGGCGUCGUCUGGUUCCGGGCGGACCUGCUCUACACGUUCGUGGACGCCGUCGACCGGCUGCUAUGUCUCGACAACCGCGCAGGUGUAACUUACAGCCUGUACCUUUUGGACAAGCGUAAGGAUUAUACUGCGCAGUCCGAGCGGGAUGAGUUCCUCAGCGACCUGGAAGGAAACGGGGUCACUAUCUGGGCCACUGGCCCCGGCGACUACAGCAACGACAUGGUCGCGUGGGAGUGGAUUGUGGACAGGCUUGGAGCAGUCGAGGAUGAGAGCGAAGCACGCCAAAAGGUCCUCUUCGUCGCCGGGCCGGGAGACCCAAUCCCCUGGACCUGGCAGCCCGACGAGUCUCACCGCGUCUUGAAGGUUUCGCUCUCCUGGACCGAGAUUCCCAAGAUGAACCGCCCGGACAUAGCUUACCUCCGGAUGCCCGAGAACCCCGAGGACGUUGUCCACACAAACGAAUACGGCCCGUGGAUAGCUAGCGUGUGCCGUGUGCUCGCUGCUGGUCGAAUCCCGGGCCGCCCCGGGUAUCCUGCCAUCCCAGACGCCUGGUUCACGGUCGGGGGUCACGGUGCCGGAGAUCAAGAGAUCGGCACCUAUGGCGGCCAGGCGUUUCUUCCUCAGCUAUGGGACAUUGUUGUUGCCAAAUGGAGGGACGAUCCCGGCUCCCUGCUUGAACUCAAAGCCAGGACCGGACCAGAGGACGAGGCCAAGGUCAGCGACCGCUGGCACUUGUUCGUGCCUGGCCUCGCCUGUCCAUACGAGAAGCAGUACGUCCUGCACGACGAGGUGGAUGACGUCGGACUGGUGCGACGGAGGAUCCUGGAUCUGGUGCGAUGCUCCGCGUCGCAUGAGAGCUACUCCAAGCUCCAGUCCCUCGAAGUGUACCUGCCCGGCACCGGAUUCUCCCUGGUCACAGUGGAAGGCCCCGAACUGGUCGUCUCACUCACCGGAAGAGAUGAUGUUGACUCGGCAUUUCAGCCUCUCGUGGAUCGCAUGGUCCGGUGGAGGAAGUGGCUGGAGUCAAAGCCUGGAGUCCCUCCAGUAACAAACGGCCUGGGUCUGUUCCCGCAGUUCCUGUCAAUCCGUCCCGUAUUCGAGAGGUACACCAUCCGCGACGAGGGCGAGAUUCAUGAGCCUGUCGUUUGGAACCCGGAUACCACAACCGUGGCCCGGUUCCGGAUCCUUGCCGGUCGGAUUCUGGCCAUGCUCAGCAACCGAACGUACUCGUCUGCUGCAGCCUGGAUCGCCAUCACCCAGAGCCGUUCAACGGAACAAGCCGGCGGCGGCUCUGACCCAGAGAGGAGCAGACCGCGACUCCUCAUCAGCCCCGGUACGACGGAAGAGGAGUGGCAGUUGAUCCGUAGAAUGAUUGUCAAUCCAGAGGUGUUCAUCUCGCAGUUGGACACGAGGACCCUGCCACGGUUUGGAGACCUAAACACCGAGCAACCGUUUGGCUACCGCGAUGUUUACGAGACACCUGACCCGCUGCUGUAUCAUGCCAUAGAUCCGGACCAGAUCCCGGCAACAAAGCGUCAUUACGACUGGCAGAGUGCGGAGGAAGAUGUGUCGGAGCAGUUGAAGACGCUCCAGCCUUGGGAGAUCCAGCCGGAGUCCCUGUCCACGCUCUAUGCAUUCGAGAACUUUCCCCUGCGACCUCCGCCGGGCACGAAGCUGCCCCAAAUAGAGCAGACCCUCCAACAUCCCGAGGAGCAGUACCUGGAGGCUCAGGCGAAGGCGGCGGCCGCUACGAGUGCGCAGAUGCCCCAGAGUUCCUUGAACAACCCGAGCUUCCGGCCUACAACCGACAUCCAGAGGGGUCAGCGCCUGCGCGAGUACAGUUACGCCCACCCGCUGGACGUGCACAUGCACAUGUCGGUGCCCAUCAACGCGCCGCCGGUCGACAGGCUGCUCGACUUGGGACACAACAGCGUCCCCGUCGUCUCCCUCUCCGUCUUGACCCCAACCGAGGUCCGCCGCCUGCAGCAGGACUACCACAAGAUGCGCAACCUCGCUCUGUCCCGCAUCGAGCGCUGCCCGUACCCGGGCUGCGAUGCCGCGUAUCCCGCGAACCAGCAGUCUGCCAUGGAGCAACAUCUCAAAGAGAAGCACGUGGCGGAGAAGUGCAACUUCUGCGACGAGCCGCUGUUUGCGCACUGGCCGCCCCAACAGAAGUACAAGCAUAUCGCGCAGAGACACUCGGAUAUCCUCAGGUCCAUUCUGUCUCAGGAACAGGAUGCUGUCGUCCAGGUUCCCGACACGGGCCGGACUGACCGCGCUCGCGAGGGGCGGUGGAACUUUUGUUCUCGGUGCGGGCGAGAUCACACCGUGCUGGACGCGCCCGCGGAUCGGCAACAUCACGACAAUGUCUGCUACCCGGGCGUUCAAGACCAAGAGCAGGACUGGGCGGCGUGCGGCGUCUGUGGAGACCGUAUUACCCUCCCUGACGCGAGCCUGCAGGGCCAUGACGAGCAUCGAGAGGCCGCCCCGGGCGAGAAGCCAUUUUGCGAGAAGUGCGCCAUCCCUCUGGGCCUGUUCUCGAGAGCAUACGCCACGCGACAUGGCAACUUCUGCAAGGGACACGGCCGUGAUAAUGCCCAGUUCUGCCCGUGGUGUAGCAUACAGCUCGCCGACGACUUUGACGCGCGCCUGAAGCACAUUGACGGCUGCGCUAGGAAACCAUUCCCCAAUGCCGAGGGGCCUAUCGACGCGGCGCGCCGGGCCUACUUCCUCCCGGAACCCAGUCGCAUCUCGUCAGCGAGGGGUCAGAUGGGGGUGCAGGAUGGGAAGCGCCGCAAGACUGGAAAUGCCGGAGAGGCGGCAGAUGAGGUGGGAAGGAGGCCGGCUAAAAAAAUCAAGGUCAACGUCCCUCCUCCGAGACCUCGCACGCGCCAGGAGAGGUCCGCUCGCGAACCCAGUGAUUCGCCCCUCUCCUCGCCGCCCAGCAGCUCACAUUCCAAGCGCUCAGCCGAAGCUUGGCUCCCACCUCCUCCUCCUCCUCCUCCUCCUCCACCGGCUACCUCCCCACCACCACCACCACCGGCUACUACCCCCGCGGCAACCGCACCAGUACCGGCAAGGUCGAAAGCAGCUGGCAAGAGAGGCAAGGCAAAGGGGCAAACCCGAGGAGGGCAAGGACAGAAAAAGACGCCAGCCAAAGCUCCAACAAAAAGGGCGAGAGCAGCCUCAGCCGGAUCAGCAGCAACCACCCGAAAGACGGCGGCAGCGUCCAAGUCCCCGGGCGGCGGCACCCCAGCACCAGCGAUGCGCACGCGGUACCGGACCCGGGCUUCCGCCGCCGCCGCUGGCCCCGCUUCCGUCACGGCGGAUGCCGAGGGACCAGCCCCGGCAGGCGGCGUCUCAGCCAAGGCCGCCCGCGUGGUCUCUCCCUACGCCGAUCCGCUCGUGCGCGGAGCAUCCCCGGCGCGGGAGACCAGAACGCUCCCGGCGCGCGAUGGGCGGCGGCUGACGGCCACUCUUCGGUCGGCUGGACCCGGGACGAGGUCGUAGAGAUUUGCUAGGACGCCCGUGUUGGGAUAAGGGUUUCAUCUUGCGCGCUUGGAGGAGGUUUCCGGGAGGAAGGAGUGGAAAGAGGCGGUAUUGGGAGGAGGUUCCUAGGAAUACGGGUACGUCGGGGAAAGAGGGGUUGCGGGAUUCCUUGGCGGCCCGCCCAUUUUGAGC